AUGUCUCGCAAAGGCGUCGGCCUCGCCGCCUUCGACCGCUCGCGCCUGACGUCGGCGCAGUUCGCCUCGCACGGCAACUCGCUGCGCAGCACCAACGCGCAAGCCCUAGAGACGCAGCUGUCGGUCUUCCGGUCGCUACUACAACAAUUCGCGCAGACGCACGCCCGCGACAUCCGGUCCAACCCGUCGUUCCGUGCCCAGUUCGCGCGCAUGUGCGCCGCCAUCGGCGUCGACCCCCUGGCCUCGUCCGGCUCCUCGUCUGCCGGCGGCGGCGGUAAUAGUUUAUGGGCCCAGCUGCUGGGCCGCACCGUCAACGACUUCUAUUUCGAGCUCGCCGUGCGCGUUGUCGAGGUCUGCGGCGCUACGCGGGGCGAGAAUGGCGGGUUGAUCGGCGUGCGCGAGCUCAGGGAGAAGGUCAUGAGGGGCCGGAUGGAGGGCGCCCCUGAAGUCACUGAGGACGACGUGCUGCGCGCAGUAGGCACGUUGAAGCCCCUGGGCUCCAGCUAUUCCGUCAUCAAGGUCGGCAACAAGCCAUACAUCCGCUCGGUGCCCAAGGAGCUGAACACGGACCAGAGCUCCGUCCUUGAGGCCGCACAAGUCCUGGGCUACGUGAGCGUCUCGAUGCUGAUGAUCAACCUCCGCUGGGCGAGAGCGAGGGCUCAAACCGCCAUCGAGGAUCUCCUGAGCGACGGCAUGCUGUGGGUUGACAAGCAAGCUCAGGAGUACGAGUAUUGGAGUCCGGGUUUCAUCUUGAUGGACGAUGCCGACGGUGCUGCUCCUGGAGGCUGA